AUGCUUCACUUUACCAGAACACAUUACGGCAACCAGAAAAGUUCAAAGCCCAACCCUCGUCAACAAAAUAAUUUCUUUUUUUCUUUUUUUCUAAUUUUUAUUCCACGCCGGGAUCUUUUCUUUUUUUCUUUUCUUUUUUCUUUUCUUUUUCUACUUUUUUUCUUUUCCUUUUUCUCUCCUUUACUUUUCUCAUCUUUCUUUCCUUUUCUUUCUUUCCUUCUUUUCUUUUCCAUUUUCUUUCCUUCUUUUCUUUUCUCUUCCUUCUUUUCUUUCUUUCAUUCAUUUCUUUUCUUUUUCUCUUUUCUUCUUUUCCUUUCUUUCUUUCCUUCUUUUCUUUUCAUUUUUCACUCCUUCUUUUCUUUCUCUUCUUUCUUUUUCUCUCCUUCUUUUCUUUCACUCCUUCUUUUCUUUCUCUUCUUUCUUUUUCUCUCUUUCUUUUCUUUCUUUCAUUCUUUUGUUUUUCUCUUUCCUUCUUUUCUUUUCUUUCUUUCCUUCUUUUCUUUUCCUUUUUCUCUCUUCUUUUCUUUUUCUUUUCUUUCUUUCUUUCUUUUCUCUUUCUUUUUUCCUCCUUCUUUUCUUUCUUUCUUUCUUUUUCUUUUUUCUUUCUUUCAUUCUUUUGUUUUUCUCUUUCCUUCUUUUCUUUUCUUUCUUUCCUUCUUUUCUUUUCCUUUUUCUCUCCUUCUUUUCUUUCUCUCCUUCUUUUCUUUCUAUUCUUUUCUUUUCUUUCUCUCUUUCUUUUCUUUCUUUCCUUCUUUUCUUUCCGUCUUUUCUUUUUUUUCCUUCUUUUCUUUCUCACCUUUCUUUUCUCUUCUUUUCUUUUCUUUCUCUUUUCUUUCUUUCCUUCUUUUCUUUCCGUCUUUUCUUUUCUUUCGUUCUUUUCUUUCUCUUCUUUUCUUUCCUUCUCUCUUUCUUUUCUUUCUUUCUUUCUUUUCUUUUCCUUUUUCUCUCCUUCUUUUCUUUCUCUUCUUUUCUUUUCUUUCUCUCUUUCUUUUCUUUCUCUCUUUCUUUUCUUUCUCUUCUUUUCCUUUCUUUCUCUCUUUCGUUUCUUUCUUUACUUCUUUUCUUUAUCUUUUUCUCUCCUUCUUUUCUUUCUCUCCUUCUUUUCUUUCUCUCCUUCUUUUCUUUCUCUCCUUCUUUUCUUUCUUUCCUUCUUUUCUUUUCCUUUUUCUCUCCUUCUUUUCUUUCUCUUCUUUUCUUUUCUUUCUCAUUUUCGUUUCUUUGUUUCCUUCUUUUCUUUUCAUUUCUCUCUCCUUCUUUUCUUUCUCUUCUUUUCCUUUCAUCUCCCUCUUUUUCUCUACCUUUUCUCUCCCCCCCUCUCUCUCUCCCUCCCUCUCUCUCUCUCCCCUUAUCGAUACAGAUAGUCUCUCUCUCUCUCUCUCUCUCACUCUCUCUCUCUCUCUCUCUCACUCUCACUCUCUCUCUCUCUCUCUCUCACUCUCUCUCUCUCUCUCUCUCUCUCUCUCUCUCUCUCUCUCUCUCUCUCUAUAUAUAUAUAUAUAUAUUUCUAUCUCUCCUUCUCUUUCCCAUUAUCUCUCUAUCUGUUUACUCCUUUCUCUUUCCCUCUUUCUCUAUCGCUCCCACUCUUUAUUUUCCUCCUCUUUUCGCUUCUUUCUUUUGUCUUUCUUUUCUAGAUCUCCCUCUUUUUCUCUACCUUUUCUCUCCCUCCCUCUCUCUCUCUCUCUCUCUCUCUCUCUCUAA